AUGCAUGUUCGACUCUCCACGCUGGCCCUGGCCGCCAGCCUGCUAUCGUUAUCGCCAUCGAUAACCAUGGUGGCGGCCCUGUCUGCCAAGGACAUCCCCUCCGACACUCCCAUCUCCGCCCUGCUCAGCUCAGCCCAGCAGCAUCUCGCCAGGGGAGAGACGGGCGACGCCCUCGUAUACUACGAUGCCGCUGUCGCCAGAGACCCCAGCGACUACCUUACCUACUUCAAGCGCGCGACCACCCAUCUCUCCCUCGGCCGCACCUCCCAGGCCGCCGACGACUUUCAGAAGUGCCUCCAGCUCAGGCCCGGCUUCGAGGGCGCCCACGUCCAGCUGGCCAAGCUGAAAGCAAGGUCAGCCGACUGGGAUGGCGCAAAGGAGCAAUACACAAAUGCCAACAAGGGCCAGGGCUCUCCCGAGAUGGACGAGCUGCUCGAGGCCCAGGGCGCAGCCAAGCUGGCCGAGGCCGCUCACGCAGCUGCCAACUGGGACGAGUGUGUCAACCAGGCCGGCGUGGCCAUCAUGGUCGCAAACCGCGCCGUCUCCCUGCGGGAGCUGCGCUCGGCCUGCCGCUUCGCCAAGGGGGAGGUCGAGGAGGGCAUGGGCGACUUGCACCACAUCGUCAACCUGAAGCCUGGCGACACCUCGCCCCAUGUCACCAUCUCGGCCAUCACUUUCUUCGCCCUCGCCGAUCUCCAGCAGGGCAUGGCACAGAUCAGGAAAUGCCUGCACUCCGACCCCGACUCCAAGAUUUGCAAGAAGCUGCUCAAAGAGGAGAAAGCAAUCGAGAAGACAAUUGCCAAGAUUGAGAAGGCUUUUAGCAAGAAUCAGCCCAUGACAGGAACCAAGCUUCUGAUCCCUUCGGCCGAGGAAGCCGGCCUUAUCCAGGAGGUCAAGGAACAGGUGGCAGAACUCCGACAGCAAGGUGUUAUCCCCGCAGCCGCGCCCAACUCUCUCGUAUCCAAACUCGUCGAAAUGGCUUGUCAAGGUUACUAUGAGAUGAACGGCAAGAAGGCACAAGAUUACUGUACUGAAUCCACUGCCUUGGAUGAGAACUCGUUCUAUGGCUUGCUCCACCAGAGCAAGAGAGCGCAGGAGUCUGAGGAUUACGAAGGUGCUGUCAGGUUCUUAGAGAAAGCCAAGGAAGUGAAGCCCGAGAAGCAAGACGUCGUCAACCCCCUCCUGCGCGACGCCCAGAUCGAGCUGAAGCGAAGCAAGACCAAGGACUACUACAAGGUCCUGGGGGUCGCCCGCGACGCGGACGAGAAGCAGAUCAAGUCGGCCUACCGGAAGCUCUCCAAGCAGCACCACCCGGACAAGGCCGCCAAGCAGGGCCUAGCCAAGGAGGCGGCCGAGAAGAAGAUGGCGUCCAUCAACGAGGCGUACGAGGUGCUGAGCGACCCGGAGCUGCGGGCGCGCUUCGACCGGGGCGACGACCCCAACUCGAACGAGCAGCAGAACCCGUUCCAGGGCAACCCCUUUGGUGGCCAGCCGUUCAUGUUCCAGCAGGGCCAGGGCCAUGGUGGCCAGCAAUUCCAGUUCAAGUUCGGCGGCGGGUCACCAUUUGGCUUCUGA